AUGGCGAAGACUUUCAGCAAGGAGGAUGUGGCCUCCCACACAAAAGACAAUACCCCAUGGAUCAUCAUUGACGAGGAUGUCUACGAUGUCUCCAAGUUCCAAGAUGAGCACCCUGGUAAGUUCCACAUUCCUGCGACCCUGCGCCGGCGCCUCGAUCUGGGUGGAAAGAAGAUUCUCCAACGUGUCGCCGGCAAGGAUGCUUCCAAACAGUUCUGGAAAUACCACAAUGAGGGGAUUUUGAAAAAGUACAAGGGCCAGCUGCUGGUUGGUUCGCUGAACACCAAGAAGGUCACUGAGCCUGCUCCGGCUCCGGCUCCUCCUGCACCGACCCCAGCUGCCACUCCCUCUCCCUCCGAGUCUUCUUCCGAAUCAUCCUCCGUGGGUCCCGCCACUGCCGCGCCGCAAGACCCUUACGGUGACCUGAUCCCGUUCGCCGAUCCCUCAUGGUACCAAGGUUACUCCUCUCCCUACUUCAACGAAACCCACGCCGCUCUCCGCGACGAAGUCCGCCAAUGGGUCGAGUCCGAGAUCGAGCCCUACGUCCACGAGUGGGAUGAGGGUAAGGAAGUCCCCGCCCACAUUUAUAAGCAGAUGGGUGAGCGCGGUUACCUGGCCGGUCUGCUUGGAGGCGAAUUCCCCGCCGAGCACACACCCCACCGCAUCAAGGCGGUCUCACCGGACCGCUACGACUUGUUCCACGAGAUGCUGCUGACCGAUGAGCUGUCCCGCGCUGGCAGCGGUGGCCUGGUUUGGAACCUGGUCGGCGGUUACGGCAUCGGGUGCCCGCCUCUGGUCAAGUUCGGUAAGAAGGAGCUCGUGGACCGAAUCCUGCCCGGUAUUCUUGCAGGUGACAAGCGGAUUUGCUUGGCUAUCACCGAGCCCGAUGGAGGUAGUGAUGUUGCCAGCCUGGGCUGCGAGGCCAAGCUCACCGAGGACGGCAAGCACUACAUCGUCAACGGUGAGAAGAAAUGGAUCACCAACGGUAUUUGGGCCGAUUACUUCACCACCGCUGUGCGCACUGGCAAGCCCGGCAUGAACGGUCUCAGUGUCCUGCUCAUUGAGCGCGAAGCUGGUGGUGUUAGUACCCGCCGCAUGGACUGCCAGGGUGUCUUGAGCAGUGGCACCACUUACGUGACUUUCGAGGACGUCAAGGUUCCCGUCGAGAACCUGAUUGGCAAGGAGAACCAAGGAUUCAAGGUCAUCAUGACAAACUUCAACCACGAACGUAUCGGAAUAGUCAUCCAAUGCGUCCGCUUCUCCCGCGUCUGCUACGAAGAAUCCGUCAAAUACGCCCACAAGCGCAAAACCUUCGGCAAACGUCUGAUCGACCACCCGGUCAUUCGCAUGAAGCUCGCACACAUGGCCCGCCAAAUCGAAGCCACCUACAACUGGCUCGAGAACAUCAUCUUCCAAUGCCAGUGCAUGGAAGAGACCGAGGCGAUGCUGAAGCUUGGCGGUGCCAUUGCCGGUCUGAAGGCGCAGUCCACUCAAACCUUCGAGUUCUGUGCCCGUGAGGCGAGUCAGAUCUUCGGUGGUCUGAGUUAUAGUCGCGGCGGGCAGGGUGGUAAGGUCGAGCGUCUUUAUCGUGAUGUCCGUGCUUAUGCUAUUCCUGGUGGAAGUGAAGAGAUCAUGCUUGAUCUCAGUAUGCGUCAGAGUUUGAAGGUGCAUGAAAUGUUCGGCAUGAAGUUGUAG